AUGCUGUGCCGAGUCUGGCAGGCGCCUGCCAUGUGGGCUUUGCUCGCCGUAGCAGCGGCAGACGAGCCCAUCCCCGACACUGGAUCAGUCGGACCAGGCGCCAUCGCAGGCAUCGUCAUUGCUGGGGUCUUCGUCGUCGGGCUUCUUGGUGUGGCUGUCAUGCUGGCGCGCAAUCGAACGUGGUAG